AUGAAACUAUUCAACAUGAAUUCAUUCUACUUAUUCUUAAUAAUCUUUCCAAUAGUCUCAAUAUUAUCAGUAAAUCAUCAAAGAGAAAAUUAUCAAUCAAGUGAACAUCAUAGUGACAAUCACAAAGAUGGUCAUUCGCAUCAUAACCAUCAUGUACCUCACUAUCAUGGACAUCAUCGGGAAAUUGAUCAAAGACGUAAAACUGAACCAAGACAUCAUUAUUAUCAUCGUCAUCAUCAUUAUCCACAAGCAGUGCAACAUCAUUUGAAAAAGUCAGAACAUCAGGAAAGUCAAGAACAUAAACCGAUGAAUGAAGAAUAUCGCCAUGUUUUAAAACCUCAGUCUCAUCAACAAAAAGAAAAUAGACCAGUGAAUGUAGAUUAUGUAUCAAAACAUAAAGAAAAUCACCAUCAUCCAUCAGUGAAACCCGCUUCAUCCCAAUCAAUUAAUCCAACAAGCCAAACUGAGAAUAAAAAAAACCAUCAUCCUUCAGUUGAAUCAAAGGAAAAACCUAGUUAUACCACCAAGCAAAAUCUAUCAAAUAAGGAAACCGAUGAGAAAGCUAAUACAGAACAGAAUAAAGAUAAACCACAUGAACACAAGAAUGUAUUACCUAAUAAAGAUUACCAUCACCAUCAUCAGUAUCAUUAUCAACAUCAUCAUCAUUAUCCAAAUCAUGAAAUUAGUAGUACGAAAACAUCAAAUGAAAAUAAAUCAACCGAACAACAUAUCAAUAAAUUCAAUAAUAAAUCACCUGAACAAAAGAACAAUAAACAAACCACAUAUCAAGCAAAGUCAACUGCUGAAUUGAAAGAUGAAAGUAAAAUAAAAAAGGAACAUUCUGAGAAUGUUAAGAAAAAAACUUAUAAUGAAAACCCAACUCAUAAGAAACAACCUAUUAAAUCAUCUGACUAUUCAUAUACAGAAGAUCAAACUCAAUUACCAACAUCAAAUUUGGAGAAUAAACCAUCUAGUAGACAAAGUUAUAAAGAAAACAGAAACAAUGAACAUUCAAUUCAUAAAUCAUCCAACUCACAUAAUUAUAAACCACAUGAACAUAAUGAAUAUAAAAAACAUAUUGAUUCAAAUAAACAAGAAUCAAAAACAGAAGUGAAGGAAUAUUCAACAAAAAGAAAUGAAGAGUCCUCUUUGUCAAAUGAACCGAAUAGUAAUAAUAUUGAGAAGAAUACUGAUAAGAAUGAUAAUAAAUUGAGCUACUACAGAAAAACUGAUGAAUCUAAAACCGAGAAUAAAAAUGAUGAGCUUAUUUCAUCAAGUCAACCAACUGUUACUCAAAGCCUUACAUCAGUAUCAUUUGUUUCUGGUAGUAAUAAAUAUGAUUCAACUAAGUCAAAUGAAUAUAAAACAUCAUCUAAGAGUACAGUCAGUAAACCUGUAUCAGAGGAUGAGAUUAAAACUCAAAUAGAAAAAUUAUUAAAGGACAAUUUAAACAAUCUGAUUUUGAAGAUUCAAAAAACAAAAGCAGAUGAAAGUAAGCAGACGUCUUCACCAUCAUCUGAAUCCUCAUCAACACAACCAGAUCAACUGCCUCCGCCUGUUAAAAAAGAUGAAAAUUAUUACAAAUAUUAUAGGCCUAAUCAUAAAGAAAUGCGGCAUAGACCUAACGAUGAAGAUGAUGAAAGAAAACUACAUGAACAUGAUCACCAUCAUGAUAGACAUGAUGACGAACAUAAGCUCCAUAAGCCGGAAGAAUACAAACCUUGGUCAGAUAAGUAUGCACUUCGACCUUCAAAUAAGGACAGACAUAUACCACCACCUCAUCAUCAUCAUCACCAUCCGAUUCCUCAUUUUCCACCACAUCAUCCAUUUCCAUUAGGACCAGAAAGUGAGUCACAAAAUUCGCCAUCGAGAAAUUCAUUUCCCAAGCAGUAUCACAUGUUUCGAUAUCAUGAAUUGGAUAAACAAAAUCAAGAAAUUCCAUAUAAACUUCGUUCUCAUGAAGAAGAUUUCUCGAAUCGUCAUGCUAAUGAAGAAGAUAAUGAUCAAAAUUCUUACCAGUCCAAAUCACCACCAAAAAAGCAACAAAGUAUUAUUCAAGCUGUAUCAGCUACUGUCAAUCCUACUCAGCCAUUAAAUGGCUACGAAGGGGCGACUAAAAUCCUGGAUUCUGUAUCAAUCCCACUGACUAUCAAUAUUGAUGACUUAUCUUCUGGUGAUUGUCCAUUCACGCCAUGCACAAAAACAUGUCCAGGCGGUUUGUAUAAACUUAAUGAAACUACAGGUUGUGCAACUUGUCAUUGUUGUUCUAGCGUUACCUGUCACAACCAGUGCACUCAAGGAUAUGAAGCAGAUAAAUAUGGAUGCCCUACAUGCAAAUGCUUAACAUCUUAUUAUUGA